UUUUUAAGUCAGUUGCUGGCUAACCACUCCAAAGAUCGGAGCUUCCUGUCCCAGAAGACGGGGGCUCAUCUUUGAUUGAUUCAGAGAUAGUGAGAUGGGCUUUGCAGCUACUUUCGCACUUCCCUCACAACUAAAACCAUCUCUCUGGGAACAAAAGGGUUCUUCUCUCUUCGUCUAUAAGAAGAGGCCCAGGAAGAAUCGAUCACCUGUUCCGGUUGCACGGCUUUUUGGUCCAGCGAUCUUCGAAGCGUCGAAGCUGAAGGUUUUGUUCUUGGGAGUGGACGAAAAGAAGCACCCUGGUAAUCUUCCAAGGACUUACACGCUCACCCACAGUGAUGUCACCUCUAGACUUACCCUUGCUAUCUCUCAAACGAUCAAUAGCUCCCAGAUACAGGGUUGGUACAAUAGGUUACAGAGGGACGAAGUGGUUGCAGAGUGGAAGAAAGUUAAAGGAAAGAUGUCACUCCAUGUCCACUGUCACAUCAGUGGAGGUCAUUUCCUUCUAGAUCUUUGUGCAAGGCUCAGAUUCUACAUCUUUUCCAAAGAGCUUCCAGUGGUGUUGAAAGCCUUUGUACAUGGAGAUGGGAAUCUCUUCAACAACUACCCAGAAUUGAAAGAUGCUCAGGUUUGGGUUUAUUUUCACUCUAACCUUCCAGAGUUCAAUAAGGUUGAAUGUUGGGGUCCAUUGGAAGAUGCAGUAGCACCCUCUGAAGGUGGAGGAGGUAGGCUUGAGGGGCCUGGUCAGGAACUAUUCCCUUCAGGGUAUAUGGAGAAGAACAAUUGGGUUAGACCAGAGCCGUGCGAGGAGGACUGCUCUUGUUGCUUUCCACCGAUUAGCUUGAUUCCGUGGCCCCAAGAUUUCCCAGUUAAGAGCUGUGAGAGGCAACAAAUAUUAAAUUGAGCAGAUGAGAGCCAUGACACCCAGUCAAGCUUGAAAGCGACA